AUGGCUCCAAGUAUCGAGCCACCCUGGCGGUCAGUCAAUGGACCUUCUUCCCCAAAGAAUGUCCACUGUCUCUCCGGAGGAAUAGUCAACGCGGACAAGAAGCGGCAAAACAUUGGCAAGCCUCUAUCACCUCCACGGAGUUCGAGUCCUCAUGCGCCAUCUGCGAUUGACGGCGACUCUGACUCGUCCGAUGGAUCUAUUCCCGACACUCCACCCCGAGUAACAUCGUCCGAUACGACUGGCCCGAACGUGGGGCUGAAUCAAUCGAAAUGUCGACCGGACAAUUCGGCAACUUCUCUUCUUUCGCCUGUUCCCCUUUCGAAUAGGGGGAUAACUGAAGGACCGAAAGAACAAAUCAGAAAAUUGCAGGGCAUAGAAAACAGGCAUCAGCACAAUUGGAACGGAACUCAUGACAGCCAUCAUGGUGUGCUUGCCAAAUCAUAUUCUCCUCAACAUGCAGAAAAGAGCAAGGAACAUGAUAUUAUCGGCAAUGAACUCACAAGGAUCAGGUUGCCGUCUCUUGAUAUUCCGAGCAAUAGUACCAGCUCAAACAACCAAGUGAUGGGCCACAAUGAUUACUAUCUGGACCGAUCAUCAUCCUUUGGGCCACGCUCAAGUAGUACCCCCGAUAGCGUGCGAAGAGCGUCCUCGGCCUCGGAGGGAAUGCGUUGGUCAUCCUCCUCGCCCACCUCGAUGCCGCCGCCUCCAUUACCGUUGCAAGUCUGCGCUACCCACGUGGAGUCGUUACCCCGAGCCCUCGAGAGGGCACCAGGAGUGCCUCGACCCAACCCUCUUUCAGUUUCUGAGCUGAUCCACCGGGAAUCAACGGGCUCAGCACCGACACCUACGCCGGCCACGAACGGCAGCACAGGCACUAGCGACCAAGUUCCUUCGCUUGCGAAUGAUUUAAUGGAUAUUCUGAAGCUACGGGAAAGAGUAUCGGAUGCCGACAGGCCAGCGUUUCUCGAAGAAUUAAAUCACCAGCUAUCAUUGACCGGCCUCCUCCGCGAGGCCCGAGAGGUCAUCUGCGGCACAUUCGAUCUGACGGAAAGACAACGCGAGAUCUUCAUCCAGCAGUCCAUGGGUAUGCUCACGAUGGACAAACCCGCCCGUGAGAUGAGGGAGGUCAUCUCUCGGGCGGUCGUCGGGAUGAGCCCGCGAGACAUGGCAGACUUCGCCUGGGAAGUAGUCCACAUGCUCAACGGCAGUGUGCAGAAGUCGACGAGCCCCGACCGCGAGGCAAUCAGCUGCGCUGCCCACGCCGCCAAGUUUCCAGAGGACCAGCAGUCCGAACUUAUACGGCAGCUCAAGAACAUGCCGCCGGCGGCGUUCCAGCCUCGACAGCCGCACACAGUCGCGAAGGAUAACACGCAGUCGCCAGGGCGUAGUCUCCCGCCGCUCCGAGAGUGGGAAAAGCUUGCCGACCUCCGACGAGCUGGAACGGCUGGCGCCAAGGGCCAGCAAGAUCCCAUCAAGCCUCGACCGAAUUAUAGUCUGAGGGAGUUCCCAAUAUUUCCGAGCCACUGA